GGCCCGUCGGCGGGGGCGCGGGGAGGGUCCCCGGGGCGGCCGCCGGCACCGAGCUCCCGUCGGGGAGCGACGGGCGGCGCCGUCGGGGGUGGCGAUGGGCAGCGUGCGGGGGCCCCGCGGGGCCGUCCUGCGGGCGCUGGUGUCGCUGGCCGCCGGGCUGCUGGCGUGCGGCGGGGCCAGUGAGUACGACUAUGUCAGCUACCAGUCCGACCUGGGCCCCUACCCGGGCGGGCGCUUCUACGCCAAGCCCCACCAGUGCGUGGCCAUCCCCGCCGACCUGCGGCUCUGCCACAGCGUGGGCUACGACAAGAUGGUGCUGCCCAACCUGCUGGACCACGAGACCAUGGCUGAGGUGAAGCACCAGGCGAGCAGCUGGGUGCCGCUGCUCAACAAGAACUGCCACAUGGGCACCCAGGUCUUCCUCUGCUCCCUCUUUGCCCCCGUCUGCCUGGACCGGCCGGUCUACCCGUGCCGCUGGCUCUGCGAGGCUGUGCGCGACUCCUGCGAGCCCGUCAUGCAGUUCUUCGGCUUCUUCUGGCCCGAGAUGCUCAAGUGUGACCAGUUUCCCCAGGAUGACGUCUGCAUUGCCAUGACGGCUCCCAACGCCACCGAGGUCUCCAGGCCCAAAGGAACGACUGUGUGUCCCCCGUGCGACAACGAGAUGAAGUCGGAGGCCAUCGUGGAGCACCUGUGUGCCAGCGAGUUUGCUCUUAAGAUGACCAUAAAGGAGGUGAAGAAGGAGAACGGGGACAAGAUGAUCGUCCCACGGAAGAGGAAGGCGCUGAAGCUGGGGCCCAUCCGGAAGAAGAACCUGAAGAAGCUGGUGCUGUUCCUGAAGAACGGGGCUGACUGUCCCUGCCAUCAGCUGGACAACCUCGGCCACUACUUCCUCAUCAUGGGCCGCCAGGUGAAGACCCAGUACCUGCUGACGGCCAUCUACAAGUGGGACAAGAAGAACAAAGAGUUCAAGAAGUUCAUGAAGAAGAUGAAGUCUCCCGACUGCCCAACGUUUCCAUCCGUCUUCAAGUGA